AUGGUGUUGGUCUUAGGACUACCGGGGAACGCUGUCAUCAUCAAAGCCUACGCGUGGAAAAAACGGAAGACGAGCACCGAUAUCCUUAUCAUUGCUCAAGCGAUAGUCGACUUCGUCGCUUGUGUAUUCUGUCCUGUCUUCAUCAUCCGCAGUGCAUUCCCAGGGCUGACGACCACAAGUUUGUGUCAAGCGGCAGCUCUCGUCAAUAAUGCAACGGCAUUCGCCUCACUUUAUCUGACCACUGCAAUCAGCAUCGAUCGCUACAUGGCUGUGUGUCGUCCAUUACGACGACGAAUAACGGUACUUCUCCAUCCUCCUCCGUACUCAAUUCUUGACAUGGCCGCCAUUCCUCCUGAUGCACAGUUGUGCACAGUGAAGCAUUCCUUGAAAAGCUCGCCGGAUCAUGUCCCCAUCUUGGCGUACCACGUCUGUCUCGUCCACGAUUCUCCUCCGAAGCUUCUCGAUGUUCACAUGUGGGCUGCUUAA